GCAUGCGAGCGCGCACGCGCCCGCGAUUGUGCCAGCUACGCAGCCGUAACGGCUGCUCCAACUUUCACUUCCCCCGAGGAGGUGCAGAGGGUGCCGCCUUGUCAUCGCCGGGAACAGCGAACCGAGCGAUCGGCUCGCGCUCACCUCCUCGCUCAACACUGCCAACACCUCUCCCACGUUGAGAAGCACCGUCAAAACAGCAAAAGCCCAUAAAAGAAGCGAGAACGGUAUUCGAUCAGCCAGUUGACUUUCAAAAAACCUGAGAGGCGCGUGCGACCCGCACAGCGGCUUCACCGAAUAAACUGAGGAAGCGUUUUUCCCUCUGAACGCCUAAAUAGUUGGAACCAAAGCGCCGCCGAUUUAGAACUCUUUGCGACGCGAGGGAUCGCGAGCACCAGCCGAAAGGCGCCAUGGAGCCCGUACCACCGAUGCACAAGCCCCUGAUACAUAGCAAAAUUGUUUCGGCAUGCGUAUACGUAGCGGUGAUCGCUGUGCUCUUGUACUGCGCGCGGAUUCUGGCCCGCACGAUUCGUGCCUACGCUUGCUUAUGGAACAUCCCGCAUCCGCACGAGCGCUUCCCUUUCUGCUUGCUACUGGAUCUGUGGCAAAGCGUCGCCAAGAUGGACUCGUCGCUGGAAGUGCCAGCCAAGAUAUUCAACUACUUCGAUUCCGUGUUUUAUCAAAUCCACGACCAAGAUGUCACGGUUGCUUUCUACGGCCCCAAGCCAUUUCUCAUCGCCGUGACCCCCGACACUGUUGAGCGGGUGUUAUCAAACACCGAAAAUGUUAACAAGUCAUUCCUCUACGCCAUGUUAAAAAGCUGGAUAGGCAAUGGCCUGCUUACUAGCGAGAAGUCGAUAUGGAAGAAGCGUAGGAAGGUGCUGACGCCGGCGUUCCACUUUCGCAUCCUCGACGACUACGUGCCCGUUAUGAACCGAAGGGCGGCCCUGCUGUGCGACAAGAUGGCCGCCCUGGGCCGGGACCACUUCGACGUGCUGCCAGAGAUGAGGCUUGCGACAUUCGGCAUUCUCUUCGAGACUGCUAUGGGAAUAAAACUUGACGAAGAGGCUGUCAAGAAAACUGGAUUCCUGAAAGUGAACGAUGAAAUUGCGACGGCGAUCAUUACGAGGAUGGUGAACAUACAUCACUGGCCAGAAUUCAUAUACAAGCGCACUGAGGACGGCAGAAAGUUUUAUCAGAAAGUGGAGCUGAUAAAGAAAUACACUCGAGAUAUCCUCAGCUGCCGAAAGAAGACCUACAAGAUUGAAAGUGACCAGGCUGCGCAGAAGAAGAGUUUCAUGGACAUCCUUCUUCGUAUGCACAUGGAGGAGGGAAUCUUCACGGAGGAGGAAAUAAGGGAGGAGGUCAACACGUUCAUGAUUGGGGGAUUCGACACAACCGCUACGGCAGCUUCUUUCGCCAUACACCUGCUCGGAAACCAUCCGGAGGCUCAGGCAAAGGUUCACGAAGAACUGGACGCCGUGUUUGGUUCUGACCGAGAACGACCCGUAACCAGAGAGGAUAUCGCGCAGCUGAAGUACUUGGACUGCGUUAUCAAGGAAGCUCUUCGCCUUUACCCACCUAUUCCUGCUAUUGCAAGGAAGCUUGGAGAAGAUCUUACCCUUGAUAAACAUACGAUACCGAAGGGUACCGUGGCGGUUAUCUUCAUAUAUUUCAUGCAUCGGCAUCCGCGAUUUGUCCCCAAGCCAAAAGACUUCAUUCCAGAGAGGUUCCUAGAGUUCGACAAGGAACGUCACCCAUUUCUCUACAUUCCUUUCGCCGGCGGAGCUCGCAACUGUAUAGGGCAAAAGUUUGCUCAGCUAGAGGACAAGAUUCUACUGGCUCAGAUCCUCAGACGGUUCAAGGUGGAAUCGAAGACCCGUAACGAAGAUCUGCAGAUGUCGCUGGAGCUCGUCUUGCGCCCCACUCAAGGCCUGCACAUAAAGCUGACGCCACGGGAUCACGCGGUCACGUGGCUAUUUAACUUCUUCAAAAACUCUGUGGACACGUACCUGAAUGAAGACUUGACAGUAUAUUAUUACGGCCCGCAGGCCAUAAUACUGGUGAAUACGCCUACGACAAUGCAGGCUAUUGUCCGCUGCGAGAGUAACCUUACGAAGCCAUUUGUGUACGGUUUGUUGAAAACACUGAUGGGGACCAGCUUGUUGACAUGUAAUAAAGGCAUGUGGCGAAGUCGGAGGCGAACUCUUAAUCCUGCAUUUAGCACUCGGAAUGUGUGGUCAUUUGUUCCUGCCAUUAGUCGGAGAGCAGAAUCACUGGUGUUAGAAAUUCUGAAGAACAAAGCCGUUUACUGCAAUAAUUACUUUGAUGUUCUGGGCAUCCUGACGUCGACAACAUGUGGUGUACUGCUUGAAACAGUCCUAGGCGUAAGAGUAGACCACCUGGACGUGCAAGAGAUGGGACUAAUGGAGGCAUUGAAAGGGUUCUGUGAAGGAUUCAUGUCUCGGCUGGUCAACGCAUUCUAUUGGUCGGACUUCUUAUACGAGCUCACUACUGAGGGCAAAUAUUACAGACGGUGCUGCGACAGAUUGCGAGACUACAGCCGGGAGAUACUGCUGAAAAGGAAAGAGGCAUUGAAGGCCAAAGAUGCCGCAAAGGACUACACAGGGUCUUUCCUGGAUAUCCUUCUUCAAAUGCAUUUGGAGGACGGAUCGAUCACGGAGGCGGAAAUCCUCGACGAAACAGUCACAAUAUUCGCCGCGGGCUACGAUACCACCGCUGCACUGACCGCCUACUGCCUUUACCUGCUGGGAAAUCAUCGAGACGUUCAAGUUGAGUUACACGAUGAGAUCGACAGAAUAUUUGGAGAUGACGUACACAGGCCCGUGACAACCGACGACUUGAGGAGUAUGAAGUACUUGAGCUGCAUCAUAAAGGAAACAUUGCGCCUUUACCCCUCUGUUCCUAUAAUGGGACGCUACAUAGAGGAAGACAUGAAAAUUGGAAACCAACUGAUACCAAAGGGAACAAUGGCCAUGGUUCUCAUCUACUUCUUGCACCGACACCCCCGCUUCCACAAGAACCCGACCAGUUUCACACCCGACAGGUUCUUAAGCGACGCAACACGGCCGCAACCGUACGCCUACAUGCCAUUCUUUGGUGGACCAAGAAAUUGCAUAGGUCAGCGUUUUGCGGUGCAAGAAGCAAAGAUUGUGGUCACUCAGCUUAUGCGCCACUUUGAGAUCCACUCGAAGCUUCCCGAAGAAGAGUUGCAGCUGGAACUGGGCAUCGUUCUGAGGCCAUCACAGGGACUUGAAGUGAAGCUCACCCCAAGAAGACCUCGAAAUCCGCUAGAACACGCCCAAUGAAUAUGCGCGGCGAUUUCCUGUCAACCAAUUAAAUUAGAGAAA